UGUUUGUUUGUUUUUAUUUUUUUAGACAUCGACGAAUGUUCGUCAGGUCAUCAGUGUGACAGCAGUGCGACUUGUUAUAAUACAGCUGGAUCUUACACUUGCAUCUGUAUUAGCGGUUAUACAGGGGAUGGACAAACCUGUAGAGGUAAAUUAAAUACCUUUUUUUCCGACCCACUACACAGUCGUGAUGAACUGUUAAUGGGUGAUUUCUUAAGCCGUUGCUAAACUUGAUUCCACAGGAAAAAAUCUUUUGAUCAGUGUUUAAACUUCGCAGAGUAAUUCAUUGCAUGAAACGGUAGACUGUUCUAGGGCGCUGUUAGUUUUUAUUAGUAUACAGCUGUUUCGAGAAAGGUUGUCGGAAAAAAUGUGCACGCGACAAUCCCGAAAGGUAACAUGGGAUAUGAUCAAUACACUGUUCCUGACGAUUGUAGCUGUCGAAUUUAUUUGUGGUGCUUUCCUUUAGCAGUCGCAAACAUAUGUCCAUGGCCUCAAGUGCCAUUCUUUCAAAUUUCUUUGAAGAAAAGUGAACUCAAAACCACCCACAAUACCUUUUGGGAUUGUCGCGUGCACUUUUUCAGACAACCUUUCUCGAAAUAGCUGUAUACUAAAACAGUGGAUAGUGUUUUUCGCUCGCUGUGAUUGGCUACUCAAUCAGUGAAUAUCCUGCACUAUUCAUUGAUUCACCUCCAGCUUCUCCGGGUGAGCGACGCCAAACUCGCGUAAGUUUCGAACAAAAUACCUUGCCCGGUUUGCUGCUGUAACGAACAAAGAAAUUUCACAACUAAUCAGGCAAGCUGUUCCCGAAAUACACGAAGAAGGUGACGAAGUUCGGGGUUGAAGUUUUAACAGGUAAAGCUUUGUCAUUUUGACUUGAGUUUAUCGAUAAAACCGGCGAAAAAGUUUUUUGUUUACAAAUGCAAAUUAAGCUUAAGUCUUGCGUUACUUUAUUUAGUUGACUUGUUCAUAAAUAAGCUUAAAGCUAAAUUUAAUAAUCUUUUUACAGAUUGAUUUUAAAUACAAAAAGAAUUCACAACUCCUUUUGAGGAAAUUCCUAGGGUCUGCCGGAUUAUGCUCGAAAAAUAGAGUAUUAUGCUUUCAGGCGUCACCCGUGAAACUAGGGUAUUAUGCUCAAAAUUAUGCUCGACUGGAGGUAUUAUGCUCAAAUUAUGCCGGAUUAAAAUGACACUUCCACCCCGGCCUGUAUCUAUUAAUAAGCAUUCCUAGUCUUUCAUUUUGAAAGAAUUGUUAGACAACAAUUAUUCAGUUAAACAUUCGAUGAGCAAGCGCAAGGUCGGAAAUUGUGAGGCAUUGAAAGGCUUACUAUGGGCGCUUUCCAUUUAGUUAAAAUUUCCGGAAUUUCCGGUUCGGCGGUAAAUGGAACACGUUUCGUCGGUUCGUCCCACUGGAAAAUUCCCAGAAAAAGUGGAAAAUCUAAAAACGUGGUCCCGUUUUCCCGGUUGGAAUUUCCGAACGGAAUGUCGCGUUCCAUUUACGUUUCUCGUAGUUUGUACCAGUUCCAGGUCCACGGUCGGGCACCGCCACGUACCGGUGUUUACGACCAAAUGGAACAACUUUUACCGAUCGGAAAUUCCACUUUGCUACCACCGAAAUUUCCGGGUUUUUUCCUAAAUGGAAAGCGCCCUUUAUGUGUUUCUCCAAUGAACUUGGAUUAUAGCAAAAUGCACUGGGUACGAGUCUAACGUAUCAAGUUAAAAUAUUCCCACUUUGAUCAACUUUGUACAUUCUAGAGCGUCGCUGAGAGCGAGUUGCUGGCAAAAUUUGCAUACACCUCUCACAGUUUUCAGAAACAGAGGCAUUAUGCUCCAAAAAUGUUAGUAUUAUGCCAGCAUUAUGCCUGAUGCUCCAGAUAUAGUAUUAUGCUCAAAAUUAUGCCGGCAUAAUCCGGCAGACCCUAGAAAUUUCCCCGCAAGAGCUCAACAAUUGCCUUCAAAAGUUUUAUUUGUCGGCAAGAAAAAGCGACGACCGCGGCCGUUCGGUCAUUGCGCGCCAAAAUUGUAAUCGCUGCAGGCAACAGUAAAUGAGUUAAAAAUCAUCAUUUUUGUGCUCAAUUAUCUCACUAUUUUAGUAUAUACUAAAACAAUUAUUCACCUCAGUGUCGGUGACUAGUGGUGGAAAUUUACCUCGCCGCUAACGCGGCCUCGGUAAAUGACCACCACUAGCCACCUCCACUUCGGUGAAUAAUUGUUAUUUAUCCCAUUACGGUACCAUUUUGUCACAGCUUUAGAAGACGAGGCCCCAUUUAGAACUAGACAUUAUUUCUAGCUACCAAAAAAAUGGCACCACUGGCUAAAAACGGAUUGUCAAAUUGACUCAAAGCAGGAGUAUGCAUCGAAUUGGCAAUAUCCUGUUUUAGUAUAUUUUUAUACUAAAACAGUGGAUGGUGUUUUUCGCGCGCUCUGAUUGGCCACUGAGCAAAACGGUUUCCCGGUUUGCUACCGUAACAAACAAAGAAAUUUCGCAAAUAAUUUAACAAGCUGUUCCCGAAAUGCACGAAAAAGGUUAAGAAAUUCGGUUUUGAAGCUUUAACAGGUAAUAUUUUGUCUGUUUGACUUGAAUUUAUCGAUGAAACCGGUGUAAAAGAGUAUUUUCUUUACAAAUGCAAAUUACGUCUUGCGUUUAAUACUUUAAUUAGCUGACAUGUUCAUAAAUAAGCUUUUAAUAGUUUGUAUAAACAAAAGGGUUUCAAAUACAAAAUAGCCUGCGUAGCAGGCGCUUGGAAGUAGUUGGCGAAAGAGAGAACGGGAACGCGGGAGGGAGACACGCGAGGGGCGAGGGAGCGCCUGCACGGAAGGCCCCCGAAAAUCGUUUCAACUUGCAUUCUGUGAGUGCGGAUAUUUCCAAUUGGUCGAGAGGCUUCCAAGGGAAAAAAAUACCGCGCGGGGCGAGAAAACUGUCAAUCAAUAGUACAUGGACAACGCAGUGAAGAUCUUAUAUUACACCACUAGCUCCUGAAACCACUGAAACCAGUAAAUAUACAAUAUACUACUUAUACUAAGUAAACAAUCGAAGGUCAUGUCUCGGAGGUCACUUCAGUCUGGUUUAAUGGGACUAUGUGGCUGUAAUCUCAAAGAAAAGUUAGAAUGUUCAAACGGUAUUCACGAUGGAAAGAAUUGACACCAGAUACGCAUUAGCAGAAGUGGCGAGAGACAAAAUAGCGUUGCAAUGAAGAUCAGAGGAAGUAUUCUUUACUAAGGAGAACUUGGCGGCUUGUGUUGUCAAUGGAACGCAUACAAUCAAAACUUGGACGUGAUUGAUGAAAUGAAACACUUACCAGGGACAUUAAUUUGAAAAAACGUUUCACUAUAGUAUUAUUCGCUGUUCAGAGGCGACCUCUGAGGUCUGUUGUUUAUGUCUCGUUACUGUAGUAGAAAACUUGUCGGUACAGUUUGUGUUCUAAAGUUUAGGUUCGCUUAGUAAGACGUGUCUCCUCCAAAAACGGCUGCCACUUACCGCAGAAAAAGCAAUGGUCAUUUUCCACGUACGCUGGGAUCAUUGGUGUCUGAGUAAGCUCAGAGAACAAUAUUUUUAGUUUUUUUUUAAUACACAGCAUGCAUUCUUUAAAAGAUACCCAGUUUUGACUUUGUUAUUUCCUAUUUAUUGUGCCUGUGGUUAAAAACGAUUUAAAGCUGUGUGUUAACCAUCAGUUUAUUGCUCCAUCGCUCUAUAAUCAGAUAACCCAGCUGAUCUUUAUAACAGAUAUAUUUAGACCAAGGAUAAAAUGUACAACGCUUUUUUGCGGUACGCUUUGUUUGUGCGGGGUCAGUCGUUUUCUGUCAAAACUUUUGACAGAUCACGCAACGGCUGCCAGGUAAUUAGGUUGGGAGCGGGAAACGAUUUUCGAUGCCUUCCGGGCAGGCGCUCCCUCUCCCCUCGCAUGUCUCCUUCUCUCGCGCAGGUUUUUUUCUUGUACCCACUAAUUACAAGCGCCUGCUACGCAGGCUAGAUACAAAAAGAUCGAAAAAGACCUUACAACUCCUUUGAAGAAAUUUCCCCAAAAUAGCCAAACAAAUGCCUUCAAUAGUGUUAUUUGUCGGUAAGAAAACGCGACGGCCGUUCGGUCAUUUGACGCCAAAAUCGUAGUCGUCUGCAGCAGUAUAAAAUGAGUUAAAAACAAUCAUUUUUGUGCUCAAUUAUCUCACUGUUUUAGUACAUACUAAAACAGUUAUUCACCUCUGUGUCGGUGGCUAGUGGUGAAUAAUUUUCAUCUAUCUAAUUUCGACCUGUCACAGGGAGUAGGACUUCCUUAUAGUUCUUGCACUUACAAUCAGCCGGUUCGACUCUUCGUAUUACGAACGUUUGUGUAUUACGUGGUCUGUGGAAUUUCAUCUGUAAAAAUGGUUCAUACGGAACAUGGUUAUAUUUCCUUGCAGAUGUGGAUGAGUGUUCGCUUAAAACUCACGACUGUGAUUCAAAUGCAAUCUGCAACAAUACAGGAGGGUCAUUUACUUGCAAGUGCGACGGAAAUGCGUUAUACUAUGGCGACGGGAAGACGUGCUCUCAUCACCGUAAGCGGACAGUCACUUAUUUUAUUUUGAAAUUGAUAAACGCAUUAAUGUUAAUUUUGUGGAUUAUUUGCAACGCUCUUCCGCUUCAUUUUGUGACCUUAACAACGUUACUCUCAAUGCUGACCAACGAAGUUGUUAGCAUUCAACGGCGCUAACAAAAAUCUACAGUAGUGAUUGAGAGUGCUUACCCUGGGUGCCAGAGACUUUUCUAGUGCGGUUUCCGGUUUCUGUCAAGUCUUUAUAGUGAAUGUGUCGGCCCUCUGCCAACACAGAAAAUUCCCACCGCACGCGAGAAAAACCUCUGGUACCCAGGGUAGAGAGUGCUUGAAGCUAACAAAACUCAAGUCGCACAAACUCCUGGGAACGAGGUUGCACGUCACACUGUCCGAAACGAAGAUUCAGGGAAAGUGUAUUGUUGGGAGAUCCCCAUGGUGGGGUGGGUUUUACGAAGAGUGUAUAUAAAAACACCUCUGAAGAAAACUUUUCUCAAAGCCAUGUUGGAUGCUGAACAGCUAGCUACUAUCUUAGCUGAAAUUGAGGCACAGCUGAACAGUCGUCCUCUACAGCGUAAUUACUCCCGCAAAGAUACUAAUGGUUUUGGGAGCGUUGGUAUGCCGAGUAUCUGCAGUCUCUGACACCCCUCAAGAAAUGGUGUACAGACACGCGGGCAGUAAGCCCUAAGUUUAAAGAAAUCGUUCGAAACACCUAUAAUACACGAGCUCAUUCACUCAGAGUGAUAUUUUACUUUUUGUUGUUUUGUAUAUUGAUUUUUUCUUUCUUUUUUUUCUCUUUUCUUUGCUUGGGGGAGGGGAGCUGGUGUUGUCUAGCUGAGCAGUUAUUGUGUACUUUCCCACUGUUUUAUUACACUAAAGAAUAAUCUUUGGGUCUGUCUCUUUCUAGGCCUUGAUGACUCUAUCGUUUUAGCCAAUGACGCUAGCAUGAUAUCGCAGCUAAAUUCCUGGCUUAGUCCCAAGUUACGCAGUUCAUACAGUUACUGGAAACUGUGUUACAGAGCUUCCGUUGACGGUUGGAGAUCACGGACCUUUCACAAUCGUUGCGAUAACAAAGGACCCACUGUUACCAUUGUAAGGGUUGGGAGCUAUAUUUUCGGAGGUUACAACGACAAAUCAUGGCAA